AUGGCGACGCCGUGGCUCGCGGACCAAAGCGCGGCUGGCGACGACGAGGGCACGCGGCGAAACGGCGCACCUCGCGGCGGAAGCACCGUCGUCGAUGGAGAGCCCGACCGGUCCACCCAUCCAACGACCCAAGUUCCGGCAUGGCCGUUCUUCGGAACCCGGCACCCCAUGGUCAAAGUCCAGGUCGGACGAGGCGAAGCUCGCACCCGCGAACGAAGCCAGGCAAGGCGGCAAGGCUACCGGCAGCAUGGUCAAGGACCUCCUCGCUCGGCGCAACGCCACGUCGGGGCAACAUUGCACAGGCCGCAGACUUGGGGUGCCAUGUUGGUGCCGGCUGCCUUGAUUUUUGAUCUUCUCCCUCGUCACCUCUCCCACGACAUUUGUGCCAUGACAGCUCGCCUGCACAGAUUUGCGAUGGUUUGGGAUCCGGCGCUUCGGAUCGGUCAGGAACACAGGAUCUCGGAAGGGGUCGAUCGGAGCAAUGGUGCUGCUUUUGAGCCCCGGACCCGUUGGCGAAAUGGCCAGCAGCAGGGGGUACCGACACUACGGCAUUCUGCAGAUGUGGAUGCAUACAUGCGCAUUCCUGCGAGCGCGCCGAUGGGCCCGCACCGUGCUCUCGGCCGCUCGCUCGUGUUCGAGAAGGAUAUAUCCGUCGACUUUGCGUCCCGCCCCGACGAGCCUUGUCGUCCGAGAGGGUGUGGCAUGGAUAUGCUCCGGGACUAG